AUGGCUCUUCGUCGACGUUUCGCCUUUCCUAGCUUCAGCGGAAGUGCGUGGUCCAUCUCCGCCGUUGUUGGCGCGAUCCUGCUUUUCGGAUUCGCUCGCCCUGCUGCAGCCGAUUGUGAGUGUGGAUAUUCGACGGUAAUCGACGGUGAUGUGCAGGCCUUUACCGACUUGAUCGAAACGGAUUUUGCGCACCUCGACAACAUUUCGACAAACACCGAUUGGGUGCGGCAAGCUUUCAAUGUGACAAGCGAGAAGGACCGCGGCAGCUAUGGAGAGAUGUACGCCAUCGAAAACAUGCGGACACAACCGGACCCGAACGGCCAGGUCGAGGAUGGGCAAGCCAAGAACGGCCAACCUGCGGGUUUGGACUUGACUGUGAAGGCCAAUAUCGUCGCCGGUAUGGUGCCGGUGUCCGAGAUCGACACCAACCGGACGGAUAUUCUGUACGGAAGCUUCCGGGCAGGCAUGAAACUAACCAACGUUUCUGGAACCUGUUCCGCGUUCUUCUGGUAUUUCAACGACACGCAAGAGAUCGACAUGGAGUUUUUGUCCAAAGAGUACAACGCGUCCAACAACACGUAUCCCGUCAACCUUGUGCUGCAGUCCCGCGAGGCAGCCGAGGAUGGAUUCGACGCCCAAGGCACCCCGACCUUCCUUAAAGUCAACCUUCCGUUCGACCCCACCGCAGACUUCCACGAGUACCGCAUCGAUUUUCUGCCGGGCAGCGUCUACUUUUACGCCGACAGCGAGCUCCUCGCCGAAAUGGAUAGUGACGCUGUACCGACCCACGCAGGCCAUCUUGUCCUGCAACAGUGGAGCAAUGGGAACCCGCUAUGGUCAGCCGGACCACCAACGGAGGAUGCUGUUACAACUGUCUCGUACGUCAAGGCCUACUUCAAUUCGUCCUUGCCCCAGCGCCAGCAGGACUGGAACCUCCGCUGCCGCGAUCCCAGCGCACCGGGUGCCGUGUGUACCAUUCCUGAUUCGACGGCGACAAACACGACCCCGGCGGGUUGGUUCUUUACGUCUCAGAAUAACAUGACCAACAACCAGACAGUUUCUGGCCAAAAAAACAGUGGCAGGAUGACAACCGCAGCGACUGUCCUUUGGCCGGUGUUUGCCAUCGUCUUUGCUAUUGUUGGCUGGGAGCUCAAUAUAUGGUAA